ACCUCCUACCUCUGGUUGGAAGAACAUCUCAAGCCCUCCCUUUUCUCUCCUCUUUCCCCUGUGCAUGUCUCUCUUCUUCUUCUUCUUCUUCUUCUUCUUCUUCUUCUUCUUCAUAGCUUGCCUUUCUCCCUUCUCCUCUCCUCUCCCUUCUCCAAUUCAGAUCAAACAGCAAUAGCUCUCUCUUGGUGUUCUCUCCUCCAUGCAAGCUCUCUUGUGCUUCUUUUUUUAAUUUCUCUCUCUGUUUGCUUCUCUGUGCAUCCAAAAAUUUUAAAAACAAGGAGGAGUAUAAACAACUCCCCCACUUUAAAAAUCAUUGCUUCCUUUUCCAACACCGCCUUUUAACCCUAAAAACAAAACACCACCCCUGUUCCAAUUCGGUUUUUUUCCUCUCUUUUUUCUCCACUUUUUUUUUAGAUUUUAAAUUUUUUUUGCUAGAGCUAGAGAGGCGCUCUGCUGCUGCUACAUCAGUACAUGAGCUAGUGGAGAAGCAUGGCAGGUCUCGACCUCGGCACCGCCGCGACGCGCUACGUCCACCAGCUCCACCACCUCCACCCCGACCUCCAGCUGCAGCACAGCUACGCCAAGCAGCACGAGCCGUCCGACGACGACCCCAACGGCAGCGGCGGCGGCGGCAACAGCAACGGCGGGCCGUACGGGGACCAUGACGGCGGGUCCUCGUCGUCAGGUCCUGCCACCGACGGCGCGGUCGGCGGGCCCGGCGACGUGGUGGCGCGCCGGCCGCGGGGGCGCCCGCCUGGCUCCAAGAACAAGCCGAAGCCGCCGGUGAUCAUCACGCGGGAGAGCGCCAACACGCUGCGCGCCCACAUCCUGGAGGUCGGGAGCGGCUGCGACGUGUUCGAGUGCGUCUCCACGUACGCGCGCCGGCGGCAGCGCGGCGUGUGCGUGCUGAGCGGCAGCGGCGUGGUCACCAACGUGACGCUGCGUCAGCCGUCGGCGCCCGCGGGCGCCGUCGUGUCGCUGCACGGGAGGUUCGAGAUCCUGUCGCUCUCGGGCUCCUUCCUCCCGCCGCCGGCUCCCCCCGGCGCCACCAGCCUCACCAUCUUCCUCGCCGGGGGCCAGGGACAGGUCGUCGGCGGCAACGUCGUCGGCGCGCUCUACGCCGCGGGCCCGGUCAUCGUCAUCGCGGCGUCCUUCGCCAACGUCGCCUACGAGCGCCUCCCACUGGAGGAGGAGGAGGCGCCGCCGCCGCAGGCCGGCCUGCAGAUGCAGCAGCCCGGCGGCGGCGCCGAUGCUGGUGGCAUGGGUGGCGCGUUCCCGCCGGACCCGUCUGCCGCCGGCCUCCCGUUCUUCAACCUGCCGCUCAACAACAUGCCCGGUGGCGGCGGCUCACAGCUCCCUCCCGGCGCCGACGGCCAUGGCUGGGCCGGCGCACGGCCACCGUUCUGACAUGCGCAUACAUGGGUGUAGCUCCGGCGAAAGGAGAGGAGAUGAGAGGAGAGAUCACAAGAAGCAAAGGAAAGGACAUCGCAAGGGUUCAUGGCCGCAGCUUGCAAAAGGUUAGCGAACGCACGCAUGAACCACGUAUUCAGGGUUACCACCGAUCGAUCUAUAUCUACUGCUCUAUUUCUAUCUCUAUGUACAAUUAUUUCGUAGUGUUUGCUCGAUCUCUGAUUAUGUGUUUUCGUUAUUGUUCUUUUUUUCCCCUUUUUCUUUUAUUGUUUCUUUUGAACCUUAAUUUGUGGUGUAACCUUUCUUAAUUGUCAAUCUGGCUUUAAUAAUUAAGUAGCCUUUAAAUUGUUCGAGGAUGCA